GGAGUCUAGUGGCUCUUGGAAGCACCUUCCUCUCGUGCCCGGCGAUUCAUGUUGCUUCAAAGGGCUUGAAGUCAGGCUUCCAGUUCAAAGUCAGUUGCUGACAAGCUCCUCCUCCACCUCCGCUCUCCUCUCUCUCUCCCAGUCUCCCCCCUCCUCCUCCCCCAGCCCCCGUCUGCGUGCCUCCUGCUCAUGCUCCAGAGCGUGCCAAGCGAAAAGGGUUAUAGUGAGCCAGAGGCCCUCCCAGAGGUUAGUAGCCCGCUAUUACUCAGUCGCUCUAAGCACCCUGAGCCCUCUCUCUCUCUCUCUCUCUCUCUCUCUCUCUCUCCCCCUCUACGGGUAUACCUGUUGCUCCAUAAGCCCAGUCGCUCACAACAAACACUCGCCCACUUCGUAGCCCUCACUGCCUCCCGCACUCCCUCGCUCGAGAGCACACACACUCUCUCGCCUCACGCAUACGACCACUGACAGGAUUGGGCGUCUGCUACCCCCUUGUGCAAUUUAUCCGAUCCGUCUCCCUCGAGGGAGAAGCCGAUUCGGUGCUGCCGUGGAAGCGCUGCCUGAGAGGAGCGCGACGACGAAAUUGACGCGGGGGCUUAUCGUGCGAUAGUCUUAAUUCGAGAGUGAUCGGAAGGAAACGAGGCCAAGGCAACGAGAGCUUGUAGAGUUUUGGUUGCGAGAGUUUCUCGAGAGCCGAGUAGGUCGGUUGAGAAGAGCUCGGUCGUAGCAGGCAGGCGUAAGGCUUGGAGAGAUUUUUGAGCGCCGAAUUGCGCGGACUUUGCCACAAUGGAUCACGUUCUUUGUGACAGUAGUGGAAUUACGCUGCAAACGUCCAUCCACGACGGCUCGGAUUACUCUGCGUCAUUUCUGAAGUCGUUCCUCCCUGCCUACAACAUCGUCAACCUGUCGGCCGAUCUGUCCACGGUCUCGGAUCGUUUCAAAGCAAUUCAAUUCGCGGCCGAUGCGUCGCUGGCCAUCAGCGGCAGCGGAGCCUCGUGGAGCGACGCCCUGAGCCAGAAGCUGGCCGCCACCUCCUCCUCGUCCAUCCAGGCCGUGCAACCCGCCUGCGAGGAGAGGCAAUCGCGAGGCUCCGAGCCCUGCGCGAGCCCGGCCGAAUCGACCUCGUCCAAUCACCACACUGGCGAGUGCGGCUGCCCGCCCGAGAGGACGGAGAGCGCCAGCAGCAGGUUGAUGCGCAGUUACGGGAACUUAUUCGUGCAGAGGAAAAGAUUAGCGGGUAGAAGGAACUUGGCCGGGCGCACGCUGCGCAAGGGAGACAGGGAAAAUUGCUUCAGAAAUCACGAAUGCUAUCUGGAAGCGAGCAGGCAGGCGAUUCUCAAGAAGCUGGCGCUGAGGAACAAGAGCAAGAGGCGCCUGCUGAGAUGCGCCUGGAAGCCCAAGCCCGUGCUGCGCAAGGUGAAAUCGCUGGCGCGGCCCCGCAGCAGGCCCUCGCGAUCGCUCAAGGUCGCCGAGAGCGUCGAACAGGAUCAGGACCUCGAGAGCCGAUUCGUGGCCUUGCAAAGACUCGUGCCCGGCGGCUCCAACAUGGACACCUCGUCGCUGCUGGAUGAGACGGCCGAUUUCGUCAUGUUCCUGCAGAUGCAGGUGCAAUCCAUGCAGGCGCUCGCCAGCGCCCUCGACGCGCAGCAAGCCCGCAUGCCCGAGUUCUCGGCCUCGUAAGCGUGUACAUCCCCUUCCAUUCGCGACUCCUUCUCCACAUUCUGACGCCACGCUCGCGAGCGCGAGAGCUGAACGUGGAAUUCGCCGGUCCGCCAUGGUGCACCUCUGCUGCCGUCCCGCAUGCAACACACCUGCGGCUCUCGGCGCCGUCCACUCGCGGGGGAGAUCAUCUCACUCUUAUUCUUUUCGCCCCGGCUCUCGGCUUACGGCUGCUCCUGCGCCGGCCGCCCUCUGUUCCUGGUCGCUGCGCCAACGAUACGUCACGGUUUUGAAUACCAUGGAGCCAAUUCUGGGAGCUCCUCUCCCAGCGCGAGUUCGGCUCCAAUAAUUCCUAGCCGAAAGCAAAUCUUCAUCACACAAGUUUUUGUAGGUCGAGGAGAAUGAAUCUCCUUCAAAGUCUAGCUAGGCUCUUGCGAGUAUAUGAUGACCUUGAUUCAGUAAUGUACCACUCUGUAUUAUAACACACCUUGUGAAAAUUCACCUCUUUCUUACC